AUGACUACAAAGGAACCCGGCCACUGCUUGCUUGGAGCUCUUCAGCAAGGCGGAUUACACAAAACUCAGACAAUCACCUCUGUUGUACGUGCGUCAUCACUCAUUAUUCAAUCCCUUUAUGAUGAACAUCUUCAUUCUAGUAACAAUCCCUUCGAGCGGCGAACACGGAGAUGUCGCUCUAUUGGUGAUAAUCUGCGCAGUGCUGUCCAGUCAAAAAUUCGUUCUUACAUCUUUGCAAACUUCCCCCUACGGGUCAUAAAGUUGCCGGAGAUGAGGCUCAUGGAUAGAAGUGCGGUCGUGGAUUAUCUCGUCAAGGCGAAACUCGAGAUUGUGGUGCGACAAGCCGAAGCAGUGGCACAAGAGGCGCGCGACAAAACCAUUUCUAAGUCGGUGGAGGACAUCGCAAGAUAUGCCAUCCUAUCACAUACGUGGGAAGUGGACGAGCCCAGUUACCAAGACUUCCACCACCCGUCCAGCCGUGGUAAGCAAGGCUACAAGAAACUCGAGAAUUUCUGCAAUAUUGCCCAUGAAGAUUACGGAGCCGAGUUCGCUUGGGCGGACACAGUCUGUAUCGACAAGUCCAGUAGCGCAGAACUGGACGAGUCGAUCCGUUCGAUGUUCGCAUGGUAUCGCAAUGCGGCCAUUUGUAUUGCUUAUGUUGGCCAAACAAUAUCUCUGUUUAACCUCGCUGCCGAUCGCUGGUUCACGCGAGGAUGGACCUUGCAGGAACUGCUUGCGCCGUUGCGAUUAAAGUUCUAUAACAAGGACUGGUUCCCGCUUACCCACUUCCGGAACGACAAGAUACGUGAAGGGGAUGUUAAAAAGCUCAGUGGUGAAACCUACUCUUUCCAGUUCCGCCUUCUCGGCGAUGCCAUCUUGACGGCAACUGGUAUAGAACCACAUCAUUUUCGUGACUUUGAGCCUGGGUUCGGAGACCCAUCUUUACCCGAACGCAUGAGGUGGGUCGCCCGAAGACUCACCACGAGAGCAGAGGACAAAUCGUAUUGCAUGAUGGGAAUAUUUGGCGUCAGCAUGUUAGUUGCAUAUGGAGAGGGCCCGGAACGUGCAUUCUUCAGGCUCUUUCAGGCGAUUCUAGGUGUGGAAUGCCGCCGCGAUUGGUUUUUAUGGACAGGCAAGGCUGUUCCGCGUCAUAUCCAUCCUUCGCGCAUGAUUCCCUCUGGCCCUGAAUGCUAUUUAUCCAGCAACUCUAAGAUUAGCGCAUCUGGAAUCUGUGCUAUUGGGGUCAUUCGACGAUCCUUUGAACUUGACCAACAUAGGUUUAUCGAUGAGCCUGCUGGUUGUUCCUGCACGCAUCGGUACCCAAGGUGA